AUGUGUUGGUGGAGGAACGUGUUGAUCAAUUUUGUCUUUCUUUUUGCUUCACUCAAUGCUUACAGAGAAGACUGCUUCAUUAACGUAGGCGGAUAUGUUUGCUGCGAUAUGGAUAUGGUAAAAGUGAUGCAAAAUGUGAUGGAAGAGGAUGAUAACUUAUUAAAUGUAGCCAAAAAGAUUCAGGAUGAUGCGUGGUGGAGAAAUGCAAAAUUUGAAACCGUCGUGGCUUAUGAUGAUUUUGCUUACAAAACUCUUUUUAAGGCAGGGAAAGCAUGCAAAGUGUCGAGAAAUGGCAUGCAAGCAAUUAACUGA